AUGGAAGAAUUGUGCCUUGGCAAGCUAGCGAAACUGAGAACGAGUUGCACAGUGAAGCGGUUUAAAAUUUGUUCGUCUCAGCUCGGCACCUCGUUGCUGGAAGCGGGAAUCAAGCAUUGCACGGUCUCGGUUCGGCGUCUAGGCGCCUGCGGAUCGACCCUUCUCCCGCAUUGCUGGGCCGAUCGCGUCUCUCCCUCCACUGUUUACCAUCACUUCGCACCCGUAACCAUGUCGCAGCAGGAGCAGCCGCUUCCGAGCAGCGCGAGCGGCGCGGAGGGCGCUGACGUGGACGAAUCAGGGGUGGCGCAGUCGCCGUCGUCCGCGAAUCCCGCCGCGCCCUCAUUCGCGUCGUCGUCGCUCUACGUGGGCGAUCUCGAUGCGAGCGUCACGGAGGCUCAGCUCUUCGACUUGUUUUCGCAGGUGGGCCCUGUAGCCUCCAUCCGCGUGUGUCGCGACAUGGUCACGCGGCAAUCGCUGGGAUACUCAUAUGUCAACUUCAGCAGCAGCCAGGACGCUGCCCGAGCUCUCGAUCUGCUCAAUUUCACGAAUGUGGCCGGACGACCCAUGCGCAUCAUGUUCUCGCAUCGGGACCCCUCCAUCAGACGCAGCGGCACUGGGAAUAUCUUCAUCAAGAAUCUCGACAAGAGCAUUGACAACAAGGCUCUGUAUGACACCUUUGCAGCGUUCGGCUCGAUUCUUUCCUGCCGCGUUGCCACGGACGACAGCGGCGCGUCCAAGGGGUUUGCGUUUGUGCAGUUUGAAAAGGAGGAGGUGGCAAAGGCGGCUAUUGAGAAAGUCAACGGCAUGCUUAUUGCUGGAAAGCAGGUGUUUGUGGGUCCCUUCGUGCGCAAGCAGGACCGCAGUUCAAACGACAGCGACGGCAUGGGUGGCGGGGGAGGGGGAGGAGACAGGUCAGGCAACAACCAGCAGCAGCAGCAGUAUACCAACCUCUACGUGAAGGGUUUAGGGGAAGAGACGACUGAUGAAGAGCUCCUUAAGGUUUUCUUAGCGUUUGGGGCGAUCAAGAGCGCAGUUGUGAUGCGGGAGGCUGAUGGGCGGAGCAAGGGUUUUGGGUUCGUGAAUUUUGAGAAAGCGGAGGAUGCUGCGAAGGCUGUGGAGGGGGUUAAUGGGAGGCGGGUUGUGAAAGGGGUGGUGGUGGGGGGUGGGGAGGGGGAGGGGAAGGGAGGGGAGGGUGAAGAAGCAGGCAAGGAGGGGGGGAAGGAAGGGGAGGAAGGGGAGAAGGGCGGGGAGAAGGAGACAAAGGAGGGAGAGACGAAGGAGGGGGAAACGAAAGAGGAGGAAACGAAAGAGGGGGAAAAGGAGGGAGACAAGAAGGAGGGAGGAAAGAAGGAGGGGAAGAAGGGAGGGGGAGGUGUGGGGCGGGUGUGGUACGUGGCUCGGGCCCAGAAGAAAGCAGAGAGAGAGGCAGAGCUGAAGCGGCGAUAUGAGGAGGAGAGAAGGCAGCAGACUGAGCGGUAUUCUCAGAGGAAUCUGUAUUUCAAGAAUCUGGAGGAGAGUGUGGAUGAAGGAGAGUUGAAGAAUAUGUUCCAAGAGUAUGGCGCCGUCACCAGCUGUAAGAUUCUCAAGCAUGAGACAGGGGGCAGCAAGGGCGCUGGCUUCGUGCUCUUUGCAAACGAGGCUGAUGCUGCAAAGGCGCUCGCAGCACUGAACAGCAAGAUGGUCAAAGGAAAGCCGCUGUACGUGGCCGUGGCACAACCCAAGGCAGAGCGACAGGCGCAGCUGCAGGCCAUGUUUCAGCAGCAGCGGGGGGGGCAGCCGCACCCGCGGGGGGGUGUGGCCGGUGUGCCUGGUGCUGCUGGGGGGUACUAUGCCCCCCCGGGGGUGGUGGCGCAGCAGGGAGGGUUCUACACACAGCCGGGGAUGAUGCCUGUCCAGCCCCCAUACCCCUAUUCCCAGCAGCCCAUGCGGCCAGGCAUGGUGCUACCAGCAGGCAUGGGGGGAGCGCCGGGCAUGGCAGGGGGCAUGGGCGCACCUGGCAUGGUGCCGGGGGGAGCGCAAGGCAUGGUGGGGGGACCAAACCCUAACGUGUACAUGCGGCAGCAGCAGCAGUACGGGGCAGCCCAAGGGGCGCCUGUGCAGGUGAGGGGGCGGGCUGUGGGGGUUAGAGCAGCAGGCAUUGGGGGAGCACCGGGCAUGGCAGGAGGGAUGGGGGCACCUGGCAUGGUGCCUGGGGCAGCGCAAGGCAUGGUGGGAGGUCCGAAUCCCAACGUGUACAUGCGACAGCAGCAGCAGUACGGGGCAGCGCAAGGGGCACCUGUGCAGAUCCUGGGGGAGCAGCUGUACCCUCUAGUGGCGCGCCAGGAGCCGGAGCAUGCAGGCAAGAUCAAGGGUCUUCCUGCCCCACCUGCCCUUCUGAAGAUCACGGGAAUGCUGCUGGAGAUGGACAAGGGGGAGCUGCUCAUGCUGCUGCCCCUCCCCUCCCUGCCGAUUCCCUCACCUCCCUCCCUGUUCCUCCCUGCCCUCCCUGCCCCUCCCUGUCCUCCCUGCUGUCCCUGCCCAUCCGUCCCUUUAAACCCUGAACCCCUGACCCUCUCAAUUCAGAUCCUGGGGAAGCAGCUGUACCCCUUAGUGGCCCCACAGCCUUCCUAUUGUAAGAGUGAAGGAAAUCGACCAGCCAUGGCCGCCAUUGCCAAGUGCGCCGUGCCUUCAUUCACCGGCCUGAGGAAGAACCAGACCUCCCAGGCUUCCACCAAAGCCUCCUCGCAGCAGAAUGUUAAGGCGAAAGCAUUCACCGUCCGCGCAGUUGCGGAGCCGGCCGCUAAGAAGCUGACGAUCGAGGAGGCGGAAGCGCGCGUGGUCGCGGGGAACCCCCCUCCUGCUCCGGCCCCCAAGCCCCGUCCAGCAGCUCCAAAGGGAACGCCUAUCGUCGAGCCGCUGAACCUCAUCUCGAGGCCUCGUCGCAACCGCCGGUCUCCGUUCCUGAGGGAGGCAUUCCAGGAGACCUUCGUCACUCCCGCCAACUUCAUCCUUCCCCUCUUCAUCCACGAAGGCGUGGACCCCUCUCCCAUCGGUUCCAUGCCAGGAUGCUACCGCCUCGGCUGGAACACUGGGCUCAUUGAGGAGGUGUACAAGGCGCGUGACGUGGGAGUCAACCAAGUCGUGCUCUUCCCCAAAGUCCCCGAUGCCCUCAAGACUCCCACGGCCGACGAGGCGUACAACCCGGACGGCAUUGUUCCGCGCAGCAUCCGCCUGCUCAAGGACAAGUUCCCGGACCUCAUCAUCUACACUGACGUGGCACUGGACCCGUACAACUCGGACGGCCACGAUGGAAUCGUGAGGGAGGAUGGUGUGAUCAUGAACGACGAGACCGUGCACCAGCUGUGCCUUCAGGCCGUGGCUCAGGCACGUGCAGGAGCUGACGUGGUGAGUCCCAGUGACAUGAUGGACGGCCGUGUGGGCGCCAUCCGUGCUGCUCUUGACGAGGAGGGCUUUAACGAGGUCUCCAUCAUGUCUUACACUGCCAAGUACGCGAGUGCCUUCUAUGGCCCCUUCAGGGAAGCCCUUGACUCCAACCCCCGCUUUGGCGACAAGAAGACGUACCAGAUGAACCCUGGCAACUACAGGGAGGCGCUCAUUGAAACCCACGCUGAUGAGAGCGAGGGGGCUGAUAUCCUCAUGGUCAAGCCCGCCAUGCCUUACCUGGAUGUGAUUCGUCUCCUCCGCGACAACACAGCACUACCCAUCUCAGCCUACCAGGUGUCGGGCGAGUAUGCCAUGAUCAAGGCCGCAGCAGCCAAUGGGUGGCUGGACGAGAAGAAGGCGGUUCUCGAGUCGCUCCUGUGCAUCAAGCGAGCUGGCGCGGAUAUUAUUCUGACCUACUUUGCCAUCCAGGCUGCGCAGUACCUGGCUGGCGAGAGAAAAUAG